AUGGCCCAGCUUUCUUUUUCGAUGGAUCGUGGCCGGAUCUAUCCAACCAUGCCGCCCGAUCCUGGUUGUCUGCAGACUGUCGUCCACAAGUCAUUUCCUUCUCACCUGCGCACGACCCUGCUUCUGGCCACGGCCACGGUCAUGACCACAACCACAGCCACACAAGUUCUCUCUCUCUCGCGCGCGCGCGCACUACUCACGGCCGCACGUCAAUCGGCGAGCUAA